AUGAUGACCACUUCAACACACUGCUCACCAUCGCGAUCGUCUCUGAGCUGUUGCCCAUUUGAUCGUAGCAGUCAAGAUGACAUACGAGACUCGGCGACUAUAGGCAAUAACAAUUAUUUCCUACAAGAGAAACACUCCUUCCCGAAGAGACCAGAGAUCGAUUUGUCUUUCCGUGACAUACGUUAUUGCGUUAAGGAAUGGAGCAUAUGGAAAUUUACAAUCAACCAGAAAGAAAUUCUACACGGUGUCAGCGGUGAGUUCAAAGCCGGAGAAUUAGUAGCUAUAAUGGGGCCUUCCGGGGCAGGAAAAUCGACGUUACUGAACGUUCUUGCCGGUUUCACGAUGAAAGGUGCAAGCGGAGAAAUCCUGGUCAACGGCAAAACUCGAUUACCUUAUAGUGAACGAUGGAAAAAAAGUUCGUGCUACAUACAGCAGAAUUCUAUGCUCAGAACGCAAAUAACUGUAGGGGAGGCAAUGACAGUGACUGCUAAUUUGAAACUCGGUUACUCAAUAAGCUCUGCUUAUAAGCACUCGCAGAUUUUGAAACUAUUAGAAAUGUUAGGAUUGACCCAUUGUUACGAUACAUUAUGCGGGAAAUUAUCAGGAGGUCAAAAAAAGCGACUCGAUAUUGCCUUGGAACUUCUAACCAAUCCUUCAGUAUUAUUUCUGGAUGAGCCGACAACUGGUUUGGAUGCCUCCUCGUGCAGCCAAUGUGUCGCACUUCUGAAACGGUUGGCUGAAGUAGAAAGACGUACGGUAAUUUGUACGAUUCAUCAGCCGAGUGCUUUACUCCUCGAAAUGUUCGAUUCUUUAUACGUGGUAACUAAUGGCUACUGUAUAUACAGAGGUCCAACAAAUUCCUUGUUACCGCACUUAGCCUCCAUCGGCGCCAACUGCCCGCCUUACCAUAAUCCAGCAGAUUUUCUUCUCGAAGUGGCAAUCGGCGAAUACGGUAUUGAUCUCGACAAGUUGGUGUUAGCAGCGCAGACGAUACAGGAUAAUCAGAAACCAAUUGCUUUUACCACAGCGCUGUCUGAAGAAAGAAGCAAUAUCAAAGAUUCGCCACAACCUGCUGGAUUCCUAACGCAGUGUUAUCUUCUAUACAAAAGGCAACUGUUAUGCUUAAAAAGGGAUUAUACUUUGCUGAUGGCGCGAAUACUCUGUCACUUAUUAAUUGGCGUGAUCUUCGGUUAUCUAUACAUGGGAAGCGGUUAUCGAGCAAAUGGUGUCCUUGCGAAUUAUGUUUAUAUAUAUGGGUCAAUGCUUCUUAUCGUCUACACCGGUAAAAUGGCUGUUACUCUUGCCUUUCCAGUGGAAAUGCAGAUUCUCACAAGGGAGCAUUUUAACCGUUGGUACAAGCUAGCACCAUAUUAUAUUAGUGUGUUACUCGUCGAAAUACCUUUCCAGGCGGCUUGUGUGAUAAUGUAUUUGACUGUGAGUUACUGUUUGACUGGCCAACCUAUGGAAACGCACCGCAUAAUUUUGUUUGUGGUCUUCAGUAUAGCUGCUAGUUUAACAGCACAAGCGUGGGGAUUCUUUAUUGGCGCUACCACACCAAUUAAGAUCGCAGUAUUUCUUGGUCCUAUAAUUGCAGUAUUGUUCUCCGUCUUCGGUUUCAGCGCUCGUUACAUAGACACUCCAGUUUAUUUCCGCUGGAUGUUUCACAUAUCGUAUUUUCGAGCAGGUUUCCACGGUUUAGUGUAUACCAUAUAUGGAUUCGACAGGACGGAAUUGAAAUGCGACGACAUAUACUGUCACUUUAAGAAACCCGUUAAGUUCCUCAAAGAGAUGGAUAUCAACAACGAAAACAUAGUGAAUAAUUUAGUACUGAUUCUUGGCAUUGGAGUAUUGAUGCAUCUUUUAACUGCCAGUGCAUUAUGGUGCAAACUCAAUAGAAGAUAAAUUAAAUUCUCCUAUCUCAUCGACAGAGUAUUUUAACAUUUUAUAGGGUUACUUUGAAGAAUAAUUCUGUCACAAACUUCUCUACGUUCGUGCAAAAUAUGGAAAUGUAACGAAAUCUCAAUAUAAAUAUUCCAUUGGAAAUUUCCACUGAGAAUUAAAAAGUGCACGAAGGAAAGUUAUUCAGAGAGACGACGUUACUAUAUUCUGCUAAAAUUCCUGUCUUAAACUCUUAUAUUUUCAUGUUGCUUAUUGAAAUGUAUUUUUAAAAUCAUUUCAUUUUGGGAAUGUUCUCUAAUUUUACAUAAGAAUCUUAAGCUCUUACAUUAGAACUACUAAUAAUUAACGGUCCAUUUCUACUAGAGCACUCAAAAAUCUCAAAAUGACGUUUUUUUAAGGAAUACUUAAUGCGAAGGAAAAAAUGUUUAUUUAUUUUUUAAUUUUAUUUAAUGUCAAUUAAACAUGUAUUAUUACAAAAUAUAAUAAUACAAAAUAUAAUACAUAAAAUGUAUUAUUACAAACUUGAAAAUUUUUAUAAAAAAAUUACAAAUUAGUGUGUAUGUCACAUAUCUUAAUUGAUUUAUGCCCAUUUCUACCAACUUUGGUUAACUUAACCAGCUUGUUAUUCCAACGGAAUUGACCAAUUGCAUCUAUCAAGUCUGACUAACGAGAAAUGUGAUUGAUCAAUUCUAUUGGAAUAACCAACCGGUUAAGGUAACCAAAGUUGGUAGAAACGAACAUUAGUAGUUCUAGUGUUAAAUUUUGGUGCAACUUUCAUAAUGUUUUGCUAUCCACACAAUGUGCCUACUUGAAUACAUAGAAUAUCAAAAAGUAAUUAGAAAUAUUUCAUUUAUUUUAACAUUCUCGUAUAUUAAGGCAGAUAAACACUUUUUAAACCUAAAAACAGCUUUUUAGUGUUUAUCUCCCUUAAUAUUAUAUUUUAUAUACUUCAUAGUAAUUUUUAUAUUAACAUUGAAUUUUAUGAACGUAUUACCUGAGGUAUAUUACCAACACUUGCGCCAGUGUUUCAAAGUUGAAUUAUAUUCUAUUUAAUGAAAUAAAAUGCUAAUCGAAGAUUAUUAA